UCACAUAUUAUUUUUUUGCUAACCUAAAAUGUUUUAACAAAUGACUUGAUUUAGAAGAUUUUUUUAGUAUUUUUUGCGGUUAUUUUUUGCAUAUUUUUGCUAAAUCCCGAUUGUGUCGAUUCGAUAUAUUUGUCGCGUUAGAUCCGAGCCUAACCGUUGUAUGUAUCAAGCAUGUGUUUACGUUAGCUUUUCCAAUGGAAACCGACUCAAAUUCAAAGGCGGGUCGGUGCAUGUCAGUGGCGGCGAUGCAGGCGCUGCACCGCCUGCGCGAGUCGCGGCUGCUGUGCGACGCGGUGGUGCGCGCGGAUGACGGCGCCGCCUUCCCCGUGCACCGCGCCAUACUCUCCGCCUGCAGCCCAUACUUCCUGGCACUGUUCACCACAACACUCCACUCGCGCGAGCAAAGCGACGUGCUCAUAUCUGGCGUCCGGUCGGAGAUCCUGCUGCUGCUGAUCGAGUACGCGUACCUUCGCCGCAUCGACGUCACCGCCGCUAACGUCCACGAGCUGCUCGUCACCGCCGACUACCUCGCCUUCCUCGGUGUGCUGCAGACCUGCUGUGACUACCUCACCGAGUCCCUGAACGCCCACAACUGUUUGGGCAUUAUGAUGUUUGCCAGGCGAGUGUUUUGCUACAAACUGGAGGCUGACGCGAGGAGGUAUUUACUGCGCUACUUCAUCACCGUCGCCACUCAUAGCGAGGAGUUCCUCCAUCUGCCGCUGGAGGAGCUCAACAGCAUCCUGCUAGAAGACGAGCUGAACGUCAAGAGCGAGGAGGCGGUGUGGGAGGCAGUGCUGCGCUGGGUCAACUACGAGCCUGACAAGCGGUGGCUGCACACUGUACAGCUGAUGGGCAGCAUACGCCUCGGCCUGCUCGACACGCAAUUCUUUUUAGAGAACGUGAAGGAUCAUCCGUACGUGACGGGCAACGAGAGCUCGCGGCCGAUCAUCAUCGAGACGCUGAAGUUCCUGUACGACCUGGAGAUGAUCGCGCAGCGCGACGGCGAGGUUGCCACGCCGGAGAUCGCACGACCGCGGGUUCCGCAUGAGGUGCUGUUUGCUAUCGGAGGUUGGAGCGGAGGGUCCCCGACGGCUUUCAUAGAGACCUACGACACUCGCGCCGACCGCUGGAUCAAAGUAGAGGAGGUGGACCCGGCCGGUCCGCGCGCGUACCACGGCACGGCGGUGCUGGGCUACUGCAUCUACGUCAUCGGCGGCUUCGACGGCAUGGACUACUUCAACUCAUGCCGCUGCUUCGACGCCGUUACUAAGACGUGGCGGGAGGUGGCGCCCAUGAACGCGCGUCGCUGCUACGUGUCGGUGGCUGUGCUGGGCGAGGUGGUGUACGCGAUGGGCGGCUACGACGGCCACCACCGCCAGAACACCGCCGAGCGCUACAACCACCGCACCAACCAGUGGUCGCUCGUCGCGCCCAUGAACGCGCAGCGGUCUGACGCCAGCGCCGCCGCGCUGGACAACAAGAUCUACAUAACCGGUGGGUUCAACGGUCAGGAGUGCAUGAACACGGUGGAGGUGUACGAUCCCGAUGCCAACCAAUGGACCAACCUGCCGCCCAUGCGCUCGCGCCGCUCUGGCGUCUCGUGCAUAGCGUACCAUAAUAAGGUGUAUGUGAUCGGCGGCUUCAACGGCAUCUCCCGCAUGUGCAGCGGCGAGGUGUACGACCCCUGCACCAACACCUGGAGCACGGUGCCCGACAUGUACAACCCGCGAUCCAACUUCGCCAUAGAAGUGAUAGAUGACAUGAUCUUCGCAAUAGGAGGUUUCAAUGGCGUCACCACCAUCUAUCACGUGGAAUGCUACGACGAUAAGACUAAUGAGUGGUACGAAGCGACGGACAUGAACGUGUACCGUUCGGCGCUGUCUGCGUGUGUGAUCAUGGGCCUGCCCAACGUGUACGACUACAUACACAAGCACAGGGAGCGGCUCAUGGAGGAAAAGAGACAGAAGAUCCUGCUGUCUGAGACGCAGAGACACCCGCAGCACCGCGUGCCCGAUAUCCACCUGCUGGAGGACAACGAGGAUGUACUGCAGCAGCUGGGUCUGCUGGAGAACCAACCGCCACCGCCGCCACCGUUGCCGCCGCCAGAACACAUGGAGCAGGAUUAGGAAACAGGGUCGACGAGAUGAAACCAUCUUAUGGAACCUUAGCGUAUAAAAUAGUUAAAAUAAAUUACAAUAAGUCUGAAUAAAAGAUAAAAAUAUUAGGUAACUACAGUAAGCAAUAAAAUUUCCGUAUUUUGAAUUAAAGUUUAUUUAUAUUGUAUUUACAAAUAUUUUAGGAGCUUUGGCUUAUUUUUAAAUCUAGUUUUUGAGCAAUUAUUUCAGUUUUCGGAAAAUAUAUAAUGUUACACUGAACAUUGUCAUUUUUUU